AUGAUCAAACUGCUACGUGGUUUCGUGACAGCCGUGUUGUUCUCAAUUGUUAUUUUCACCAACGCGUUUUUCGCCGACAACAAGCGAACUGCCGAAAGUCAAACCGAUACGCUGAACACUUUGCUCACCGUGCUCACUGAAUAUGUGCUCAAUCGCACGGCAGAAGUGAAUACACGUAUCACGAAGAAUGAGCAAAGGAUAAAUUUAUUGCUCCAAAAGCAGGUUGAAUUGGAACGAAAACUUAAUGAACAUCCUUCAACCACCGGAAAACCUAGUCUCCUUUCAAACGACGAAAUCGGCGAUAGCUAUGUACCGCCACACAGUUGUGCAGAUAUUUUACCGGAUAGAUUUGCCGGCGAUGGCGGCAUCUACAGUAUAACGCCGCUGAAUAUGACACCAUUCGAGGUGUACUGUCUAGCGGAUCCCAGCGGUGGUUGCGGUUGGACGCUUGUUUGGCGACGUAAUGAAAUGAACAAUGAAUUCAAUCGCACAUGGACGGAAUACCAAAAUGGUUUCGGUGCAUUAACGGAUAAUUUUUUUAUUGGCUUGGACAAGUUAUACGUUUUGACCAAUGCCGAGGCACAGCAGUUACGCAUCGGCACUAAAUACGGUGAGAAUAAUUGGGAGUUUGAAAUGUUUGAGGAAUUUGCUAUCGGCAGUGUACGUACACAAUAUGAGGUGUUCGUGAAGAAUGGAAACAACAAAAGUAGCAUUUUUCAACGUUUGGGCAGGCGAGCCCGUUUCUUUACUAAAAAUUUGGAAAGCCGUUGGGGGAAUGAAGAGUGUGCAAAAGUAAUGGGUGUGGGUUGGUGGUACAGCGAUGACUGCAAAACUUAUUUAAAGUCCCGCCUCUAUUAUAUGUAUAUAAAUUCGCCGACUUAUAUGGUUAUUCGUCCGAAAAGUUGCGAUAAAGUUGGCUGACGUAUUCAGAAUAAAUAAAAUAUUACAAAUUAAUAAUAAU